AUGCGGCUUUUGGAAGGCUGGGAAAUUUCAGAUGCACAAGUGAGUGAGGUUGUGAAGAAGCUUCCAUUGUUGGAAGAGUUUGAAAUAUCAUUCUGCUACGACCUAUCUAAGGACACUUUGGAACUCAUGGGCAAAUGUUGCCCCCAUUUGCAAGUGCUGAAAUUUAACAUGCAGGAAACUAAAGGCUAUGAGUGUGAUGAUGAGGCGUUUGCGAUUGCGAAAACCAUGCCUCGGCUACGUCAUAUCCAGCUUCUGGGAAACAGCCUCACUAAUGAAGGCUUGCUUGCCAUUCUUGAUGGAUGCCCUCAUCUUGAAUCUCUUGACCUGCGUGUUUGUUCCAAUGUCAAAUUGAGUGGAAGUUUGAAGGAAAGGUGUCUUAAGCAGAUAAGAGAUUUACAUUUUCCUGAAGACUUGAGUGAUGAAGUUUUCAUGUAUGUUGGAUCUGACAACAUUGACUGGGGCAAUGACUGGCCAAGCAAUGACUGGCCAUAUGAUCUUCCAGAUGACAUCUUGGAUCUAUUAUGA